AUGUCAAGGCGUGGUACUUGGAGACGUACUGGUACUGGAAGAGAUAGUACCGGAAAUGGUGGUCCUAUUGAUGGAGAUGAACCAACAUUAGGAAAUCAGACUGUGAAUGUGAAUAUGGCACAACUGACCCAGUUAAUAGACCGAGCAGUCGCUACUGCUGUUAUGAACCAAAAUGCUAGACAAGUCGACAAUCAACAGAACCAAGGACCGCCUGCUGAAACUGAGGAAGAUAGGUAUAGAAAGGUUCAGUUUCAGUUCAAGAAGUUGAACCCGAAAGAGUUUUCUGGAAAGUCUGAUAACCCAAUGAUAGCCCAUGAAUGGAAGGAUGAUAUGGUCAAGAUUUUUAGGGCCAUAGGACCUUCUUGCACAGAAGUCUUCAAGCAGGGAUUAGCUACCUUUGAGCUCACUGGAGAUGCUCAUACUUGGUGGACUUCAGCUUCACGUGGAUUGGAUCAUGCCACCAUGACAUGGAAAGACUUCAUUCUUAUGUUUGAUGACAAGUAUUUUCCUCAGAGUAUUCGAAAUGCUAAGGAGAGAGAGUUUCUUUCAUUUAAGCAGGGUACUUCAUCUGUUGCAGAGUAUGAAAUUGAAUACUCAAGAUUGUCGAUGUUUAGGCAUAUUGUUGCAAAUCAUAUGAUUGACACAUAUGUUAGUCCUGUUGAAUGUGCCAGAGAGAUUGAGAAAGAUUUCUUAGCUCAUAAGUGGGAUGAGGAAUACUUGAAGAAGGACAAUAAGGUUGAUCGUGCGUCAAAGGUUUCUUCAGGUCAACAUGGAAGUGGUAAGAACCAGCAUACCCAGAAUGUCACUCAAAAAGGUGAUCAUCCAGGGAAGAAAAGAAAGGGGUAUUGGAAUCAAGGGAACCGUGGUCAGAAAAACGGUGGUAAUGAAGGGGAAGUAGUGGAAGCUGAGGGCGAGGCUCUUGCUGCCAAACCAAUUAACUUCUAUGGGUUUUGCUAUAACUGCCGUGAAAGGGGGCACAAGGCAUCAGAAUGUACCAAAGAGAAAGUUCAGACAACAGAUAUACGUGAGAAACCAAACACUGGGGUUGCAAACCGUAAUGUGCAGCCUCGUGGACAGGGUCAACUCUUUGUUGUGCAACCUUCUGAGAUGGAGAAUGCUACUUUGGGAGGUACUUUCUUUAUUUUAGGAGAGCCUGUUAGUAUUUUAUUUGAUACCGGAGCUACUCAUUCUUUUAUUUCAGCUAAGUUAGUUCGCAUGGUAAAUAUUUCUAUGAAAGUGUGUGAUAUUCCAUUAUGUGUUUCCACCCCUACUAGUAGUAUGGUAGAGUUGAGUAACAAGGUCGAUGCUUGUCCUAUUAUGAUUGGUGACGUUGAGCACUUGGCGGAUCUUUAUGUGUUAGAGAUGGUUCCUUACGAUGUAAUACUAGGGAUGGACUGGUUAUCUUCUAAUUUUGUGCAAUUGGAUUGUGCUGAUAAGACAAUCACUUUUGAAAAUACGGGUCAAUCUAAGGUAAUGGUACAGACUACAUCUCGAAGUCUGUUUGUAGAAGCUUUCCUUAGCCAUAAUGAGGGUAGAGUAGUAGAUAAUGAGUCUCUACAUAUUGCGAGUAUAACUUUGGUGUCUGAUUUUGGGGAUUUGUUCCGAGAGGUUCCUGUAUUACCUCCAAGUAGGCAAGUGGAGUUCUGCAUCGAACUUUAA